AAUGAAAGAGAGGAAAAAGAAAUCGAGACAAAACAAUGACAGAAAAGGAGAGAGGAAGGAUGGGAAAAAAAGAGAUGAUUACUGUAAUAAGAGGUAAAAGAGCUGAAGAAAAAUAGGGGGCAGAAAUCUAAAUAGAAAGAUGAGGAAAAUGAUAAAAGAGUAAAUUAAAAGUGUGGGAGAAUAUAAAAAGAGACUGCAAUAGAGAAGAGACAAAUGAAAGAGUGAGAAAGAGAGCAAGAGGAGAAAAGUGGGAAGAAGUAGAAAAAAAUUAAGGGUGGGAAGGAAGACAAAAGAGAGAACAGAGACAGAUGAAAGUGUGUGUGUGUGUGUGUGUGAGAGAGAGAGAGAGAGAGAGAGAGAGAGAGAGAGAGAGAGAGAAAGGGGGGAAGAUCCUGUUGAAGACUUCCUGAAUGGGCCACAAUGCCGGGGUGGAGAGGAACAACAGCGGGAGAAGAAUGAGAGACUUCACCAGCACACAGGUGCCCAGUUUCUCUUUUCCCAAUUGGAGACGUUGAGAAUGGAUGAGGAUUCUGUUCUGCCAGGCAUGGAUUUUGUCCAGCAUGAAUGUCUGCUUGUGAAAAGGGAUCUAUGAAGAUAACACCGCAAGUCUUCAGCUGAUGCACCUCUACCUGACGUGUCUAUUAGUAAGAAAAGAUCAGCCAAAAGGAGCUUCAUAGGAUAGACAACAUGUGUCAUGUCAUAGUAACGUGCCGGUCUAUGCUUUGGACCUUGUUGAGCAUUGUGGUGGCAUUUGCUGAGCUGGUGGCCAUCAUGAGUGCUGAUUGGUUAGUAGGGGUACACCACCCUUCUCAGUACAACGCCUCAUCUACUGGACCUCCAGACCCUAAACCACCUACGCUUGGCCUCUACAGCCGCUGCAUCCGAGUCUCACAACAGAAGACGGUUCAGUGCGGCCCAUACGCUGCAGACUUUACAGAGAUCGCAAGUGGAUUUUGGCAGGCCUCCAUUAUAUUCCUGGUUGUUGGAAUCUUCCUGCUGUCCAUAGUGGGAUUCCUCGCAGUCUUUAGCAUGUGCUUUCAGAGCAUCCUGGGGAAAAGCAUCUUUAAUGUGUGUGGCCUGCUUCAAGGCAUAGCAGGUCUCUUCCUGAUGCUCGGACUGAUGCUCUACCCAGCAGGCUUUGGCUGUGAUAAGGUGGUCAGCUACUGCGGUUCUGAAGCUUCCCCGUAUAAACCGGGUCAGUGUUCAGUAGGCUGGGCUCUCUACACUGCAAUAGGAGGGACGGUGCUCACUUUCAUCUGCGCCAUGUUCUCCGCCCAAGCCGAGAUCGCCACCUCCAGCGACAAGGUGCAAGAUGAGAUAGACGAAGGCAGGACGCUCAUCUGUGUGCUGUGAAACGUCUCGCUAUAGGAGGAACGCUUCUCUCAGAGUUAAUAGCUGAACGUUGGCGUUGUUUUGCUGUAACCGCUCGUUUGCUGUAAGGGCUCACUGAUAAGGCCACGAUGUUACACGGUGCUCUCUUUUUGAUAGAUUGGUAAGAGAGUGUAGCCUGAUGAUAGUUAUAAUGAUCGUAAUAACAAUUGUAAAGCAUAUAAAAGGUUAGAAUGUUAGGGUGUGAAGUAUGAAGUACGAAUAUACUGUAAGCAGGUGCCUAGUGCGUGUAUCCUACUUAUUAGGAACAUACAUUUUUUCUAAAUAACUUGAUUUGGGAGCAUACUGAGGAGCAUUAUCUGAGGUGAAGCUAUGAUUAUGGAGGGCUUCAUAACCUCUACAUCAAGGAAAGCAGCAUGAACAAGUUUCCGUGGCUUCAGAAUUUCAUUUAUUCCUCUUUAUCUACUUGUAUUUAGCCCAGAUAAUCCACUUAGAGCUCAAGGAGUGACUAAUAUUUUGUACUGAUUGUAUCCCACAGUGUUAGAAACAGAGAUCGUUCUCUGUUCAUAAAGGUACAAAAAGCCAUGAAUGCAACAUCUGUGACACAAUAUGUGAGCCCAUUUGCUAAUAUUUUUCUUUGUUUCUUUCUUUUCUUUCUCCCCUCCCCCCCUCUUUUUGUUUUAUUAAGGUAUCCAGUCAUUCCUGAGGUUACAAGGGUUGUCAUAGAGGGUAGGUCUAACGCUCCAGGGACAAACCGUGUGUUCUUUAGAGUAGGUCAAACCUCGUUUAUUUUUAGCUUUAACUAUACUUAGUUCUUUUUAGUUGUGAUGGCAACAGGCAACAUACGUAGCGCAAAAAAUAAUGCUGCAUUUCAUUCUUCCCGUUCACACACACGCGUGUUUAUCAAACUGUUUUGACCAGGAGCUCGAUAGAUCUUUCUCAUAUAACUCGAUGCCUUUAUUUUUUUCCCCAUGUAUUUGUUAUAUUAACAAACAUAUUUUGUGUGUGUGUGUGUGUGUGUGUGUUUUUUUUUUCCAAUUUUAUUUUAUAUCUGUUGCUGUGCUUUUAGUGAGCAGUAUGAAUUAAAGCUUUAGAUUUAAAAAAAAAAAAUACCGUGUACUGGUUGUUGUUUUUUUCCAUAUGUGACUCUUAACAGUUCAAGACAUAAGUCAGGAAGCAGAUCAGGAAACAGGAAGCACUAUAUCACUGGCGUGAAGACGGAAAAGGAGGCUUCCUCGCUGUAUCCCUGAUCAACACGGUUACAAUAACAAAAGCUUUUGAAAUGUUCCCUAUACAUGCAAGCUACAGCUUCAUAAAAGUAGUGAUUAGCAAACAUGUGAUUUUAACAUUGGGAAAGAAGGAAAUUAGUAAAAAAAAAAAAAUCAUUUAGGAACAGCAGAUGCUUGAGCAUUAUAAAGAUAAACUGGGGGGCAGUGGGAUUUGGUUAAUGUUCUAAGGUUCUGAGCUCAAAUACGAGGACUGACGGAGAGUACCCUUGAAAAAGACCCUAAUGCUUGGAUUGGACUUUGCGUGCAGCACUUAAGGUAAAUAACGUUGCAAAACUCAAAAAGAAGUCUCCGUAAACUAUUUUGGGAAGUAGUAGUGAUAAGCUCCACACAUCAUAGUCAGACCUAUAAAAUGUAUCCAAUAAUGGCUUACCAUGAUAGUUAUGAUAUGGGGAGGGUUGUCCUACACCCUUCUCUUAUCUGACUGCCCGUCUCCCACCACGACCUCCGUAGCCUUCCCAUACUGAUCAGAAAUGCACGACAGGCCUCUUCAUCUUGCAUGACCAUGCAAUCAAUUUAUAAUUAGGUUUGUGGUGAUUAAUGCCUUCCCAAUGAAGUGGCCUCUUCUCUGAUGAAUGUAUACAGGACUUCCCACCUAAACUGCUGUCCAAACAGGCAUGGCUCACUGUUUCGUCUCAUUAGAGCACCGU